AUGGGUUUAGUCGAAAAGUUUCUCCCUAAGGAUGACCGCUUUGCGGCGUUUCUGUUGUAUGGUAUGGUCUUCUCGACAUGCUUCAACGGAUAUGAUGCCGGGAUCAUGACAGUUAUUUUGGCCGACAAGCAGUUUAUCGAAUACUACAAUAUCGAUGACAACAGAUCUGGUCUAGUUGCAACAAUCCCAUGGGCGAUGACAGCCCUGGCCCAACUGUGGCUUGGAGGCACUCUUGCUUCAUGGCUAGGGCGACUUUGGGCCUUGCGGGUUUCUAUUUGCAUCAUGAUUGUCGGAGUGGUUGUCGAGGUUGUUCCAAAUAACUUUGGAGUCCUAAUCCUAGGAAGACUCCUAACAGGUCUAGGUUUUGGAUGCGUCUAUAUUGCUACAAAUCUCUACGUCGCCGAAUGUGCACCCACCAAACUUCGAGGCAGCUUCGUCGGGACAGUCGCACAGUUUGGCUAUCAACUGGGAAGUUUGAUUGCCUUUUGGACUGGAUACGGAAUGUCCUUCCAUACCUCACCAUAUAACAUUGCCUGGCGUGUGUCCAACAUCGUCCAGAUCCCUAUUGGUCUGGCGUUUGUCGUGGUCUCGUUCUGGUACCCCGAAAGCCCACGAUUUGUGCUGGAGAAGCACCCCGAUACCCCUGAACGGGCUCUUGAAGUUCUCAGCCGACUUAGAUCUGGAGCACCAACGGAUGAACGGAUUCGUACCGAGUUCCAUGAAUUGGUGGCCUCGUAUGAAUUUCGCCGUCGCUAUGAGACGGGCUAUGUUGGUCUUCUCAAAGAUAAGACUAUGCGCAAGCGGCUUUGGUAUGGUAUUUAUGCCGCAGGCCUCCAACAGUGUGGAGGCAUUGCUUCACUGACCAUGUAUGCCACAUUGAUCUAUCAGAGUCUCGGAUGGGACUCCGGCUCGCAAGCAUUGUCAAUCAAUGGAAUCCAGUCUGUACUCCAACUGCUUAUCGUAUUUGUGAAUACAUUCACCGUUGAAAGAUUUGGCCGUCGGGGUCUUCUGCUUGCUGGAUUUGCUAUCCAGUCACUGGCUCUUUUGAUCAUGUCUUGUUUGACCACUGCUUUCCCAUCAAAUAACAACAAGGCGGCUGCUAUUGUCGAGGUUGCUAUGCUUUUCAUUGUUGGCUUGACCUAUUGUUGGUCCAAUGGCCCUAUUGCACCAACGGUGGUCACAGAGAUCUUUCCUCAGCAUGUGAGAGACAAAGGAUUCGGUCUUUCGAUGCUGGGUCAGACCUGCUGGCUGAUUCUACUCACGCAAUCCUGGCCCUCUUUCAAUAAGAAGGUCGGUGGCCACAGUUAUUGGCUACUGUUUGGCUUGAAUUUAGCCGCUGGCAUAUCUGUUUAUUUUAUUCUCCCUGAAACCAAGGGCGUGUCCCUUGAAAGAAUGGACAAGAUCUUCGGAGGGCCUGAUAAUGUCGAAGCCGGAGAAUGUGAAGGGACUUCUGAGAAGCGUGAGGCUAUGGCUGUCAUGAAUGAAGGAGGCAAAGCUCCUGCUGAUCAUGUAGAGGACGCUUCUCGAGCCCGUUCAUCCCUGGUGCCGGAGAGGUCCUCUGUUUGA